AUGAAUUUCCCAUCUCAAGCACUUGCAAGAAUCUGCCUCUCCUAUUUAUUCAUUUACUUUCUUUUCAUUGAUGGCCACCAAGCUGAGGUUACAAAUGGAGACAGCGAAGUUGUAUCUAUAGGUGCAAUCAUUGAUGUUAACUCACGCAUUGGGAAAGAACAGCGAGUAGCCAUGAACAUUGCAGCUCAAAAUUACAAUAAUACUUUUAAGAGCUACAAGCUGGCUCUUUAUUUUCAGGAACCCAACAAAGAACCCGUCAGACCCACUUCCCUUGCUGAAGAGAUGAUUAAAACAAGGAAGGUGCAAGUGAUUAUAGGGAUGCACACAUGGAUAGAAGCAGCUUCAGUAGCUGAAUUAGGACGUCAAACUCAAGUUCCUGUUAUAUCCUUCGCAGCUCCAACCAUUACCCCGCCAUUGAUGCCAAUUCGCUGGCCUUUUUUGGUAAGCAUGGUUAACAAUAGUAAUGCAUAUGUAAAAUGUGUUGCAGAUUUGGUGCAUGCUUAUAGUUGGCAGAGAGUAGUAGUGAUUUAUGAAGAUGAUGCAAAUGGUGGAGACUAUGGAAUGCUAGCACUGCUAUCUGAGGCCCUCCAAGAUGUUGGUUCAAUGAUUGAAUACCGUUUAACUCUUCCAUCACCUUCUUAUCUGCCUAAUCCCACAGAGUUCAUUCGCGAAGAGCUGUUUAAGUUGAUUAAAAAUACACAAUCUCGGGUAUUCAUUGUUCUUCAAUCAUCAUUAGAAAUGAUUAUUCAUUUGUUCAGAGAAGCUUCACAGAUAGGCCUUGUGGAUAGAGAAUCAGCUUGGAUAUUCCCAGAGAGCAUAGCUAACUUGAUGGACUCUAUCAAUAAGUCUUCCAUUUCCUAUAUGGAAGGAGCUUUAGGAAUCAAGACCUACUAUUCUGAAAAUAGCAGAGAGUAUCAAAAUUUUGAGGCUCAGUUCCGGCAAUCUUUUCAGGCCAAGUAUCCGAAGGAAGAUAACCGCAACCCAGGAUUUUAUGCUCUGCAAGCGUAUGAUAGCAUUAAGAUUGUUGCACGAGCAAUAGAUAGAAUGGCCAGUGGCAAUGGUAGUGGCAGAAAGACACUACUAAAAGAAAUAUUGUCCAGCAAUUUCCAUGGAUUAAGUGGACAAAUUCUUUUUGAAGCAGGGCAGCUCUUGCAGAAUCCUACCUUAAGGAUUGUAAAUGUAGAUAAGAAGAGUUACAGAGAAUUAGACUUUUGGACUCUAGAACGUGGGUUCAUCGCUAGCCUCCCUACAUUACAAGCUUCAAAUAGUGCUUCUAGGAACACAGGAAUUUUAAGUGGGGUUGUAAUUUGGCCCGGGAAAUCACUGAAAGUUCCAAAGGGCUGGAAUCUGCCUACUAAACAAAAUCCAAUGAAAAUUGGUGUCCCUGGAAGAACCUCAUUUUCCAAGUUUGUGAAGAUUGAUUAUGACGAGCAUGUAAAUCAAUACAAAUAUAGUGGAUUCUGCAUUGAAAUUUUUGAGAAGGUUUUAGGCCUUUUGGAGUAUGAUCUGCCAUAUGAGUAUCAUCCUAUCAAUGGAACCUACCCCGAUCUGGUUCAACUUGUCUAUAACAAGACUUAUGAGGCUGUGGUUGGCGACAUAACCAUACUAGCAGAAAGAUUGCAAUAUGUAGAUUUUACUGUGCCAUACGCAGAAUCAGGAUUGUCAAUGAUAGUUAAGGAAAAGUCCAAAGAAUCGGCAUGGAUGUUUAUGAUGCCCUUCACCUGGCAAAUGUGGGGGGCAACUGGUGCCAUCUUGUUUUACACCAUGUUAAUAGUGUGGUACUUGGAGCGGGAACCCAAUCCAGAGUUUCAUGGCAAUUGGAAAAGCCAGAUCAGCAUUGCUCUUACGUUUACCUUCUCCUCUCUAUUCUUUGCUCAUAGUGAGUAUCAAUCACCACCUAAUUAUUGCAAUAACUUCAACAGAGGGGAGAAAAUGUAUAGCAACUUGACUCGUGUGGUGAUGAUAUCGUGGCUGUUUCUAGUUUUGAUUCUUAACUCAAGUUACACCGCUAGUCUUUCUUCAAUGCUCACAGUUCAACGGCUGCAACCAAAUACAACGGAUAUUGAGUGCCUGAAGAAGAAUAACAUGAAAAUUGGUUGUGAUGGAGACUCAUUUGUUUGGACAUACCUAGAGCAAGUUGAAAAAUUCAAGCCAGAGAACAUCGUAAACAUUAAGAGUGAAUACAGUUAUGACGAUGCAUUCAGAAACAACUCAAUAGCAGCUGCUAUUCUCGAACUCCCUUAUGAAAAAGUAUACAUCAGUCAAUACUGCAAGGGGUACUCUGCCUCUACACCUACCAUCACAUUUGGAGGACUGGGAUUUAUGUUCCAGAAAGGCUCUCCUUUGACCAGAGAUGUUUCUAAAGCUAUAUUGCAGCUCUUAGAACAGGGAGAAUUGAAGAGGUUAGAAGAGAAAUGGUUGAACCCCGCAGGCGCAUGCUACAAUUCGACUUCUGAGAAUACAGAAAGGUUGAAGCUUGGAAGUUUCUGGGUUCUCUACGUGAUUUCUGGUGCCACUUCAACCGUUUGUUUUCUAAUUUCUACCAUUCAGUCGAUAAAAUCUAGUCAAACACGCCAAGAUGAGGAACAAGAACGUAAUGGCAAUCCAAGAGAUGAGAGGCCCUGGAAAAGGGUGAUUAUAAUAGCUAAGCAGACUUUUGGAAGGAAGUAUAAUAACACUAGUAAGGAACAGCAAGAUGUCACUUAUUGUUCUCCCAGAGGGGACUUCAUCAACACCAUUGACACCGUUAAGCAUCAGCAGGGAAUGGCUCCUCAAUCACCACAAAUCAUAACGGUGUCUUCCGCACCAACGGUUACAAAUGACAACGUUUGA